CGAUGCGACUUUCUUCAUUACAACCGCUGAUGCCUGACGAGACGCUGCUACAGUGAACAAGACACAACCAAAAUACAAGCAUCGGCAUGGCCCCAAAGAAGUCAAGGAAAAAGAGGAAAAAUCAGCCUGAUGAGGAGGAAGGGCCCCAGCCUAUACCCGUGGCCGAGGAGAAAGCUACUGCUUCUGUCAUAGCUGGUGAUGAGGGUGAUGAAUUUGGUGAAGCCCAGACCGAGGAUGAUGAAAUGCUGCAGGAAGGGGGCCAAGAUCCACCAGCCGCCGCCAGUGAUGAGAACAACGUGACAGAUGGCCAUGCUACCUGCGGUAUCACCAAAGCCAUGGAGCAGGAGCUGGCCGAGUUUUUCGCUGACAAUGAGUUCAUCUACGACAAGAGCAAGGUGGACUUCAAAAACUCUAAGAAGAAUGAGCGCAAGUACAUGGAGAUGGCGGAAAAGCUGGGAGUCACCGUGGCCGACAUCAGACUAUGGUAUAAAAGCCAGAGGACCAUCCUGGGGAAGAUGAAGACCGCUGGAAAGAAGAGUGGUCAGAAGGCCAUCGUCCUUACCCCCAGGCAGAGAUGGGUCAAUAACAACCUUGGUUUUCUGACGAAGCACAUAGUCCAUCGGUCACAGGGCUGCCAACUGGGCCACCUCAGUGGCCGAAUUACUGAAGCCGCCUCCGACGAAGAGGGUUUAGAUGAGGAGGGUCCAGAUGCCAGCCAAGCACCCAGCUCCAACCAAGUCUCCAGCCAGGGGGCUGCACCUCCCAAGAAGAGGCAGAAGAGGGGGUCGCCCACCGAUGUGGACAAGGCCCUCCUGGAAUUCAUCAGAACAUCCACCGAGCAGACGGCCAUCCGGAGCCAGGUGGAUGCAGCACUCACCCAAGGCGCUGACGAGAGGCAGGCCUGGCUAGAAUGGAUGCUGCAGGCCGUCCGCCCACUCCCAAGACCCCUCUGGCGAGAGUUCACCAGGGACACUUUCAACUUGGUGAGCCGCUACCAGGAUCGGGCGGACGACCUUUCCACCACCCCAGUAUCUCACCCCAGCACUCCCCAGAUGAUCCAGCCACUCAGGCCUCAGUCAGCGCCGAUCGGCUUCACCCAGGACGCUCCACCUGCUUCCUUCCUUGGGAUGCUCGGGCCAAGCAGCACCUGGACCCCUCAGAACCCUCAGGGAGGAUUUCAGCAGCCCAAUUUACAGGCCCCCUUCCAGCAGCAGGCCCCCUUCCAGCAGCAGCGUGCCCCCUUCCAGCAGCAGCACCCCCACUUCCAGCAAAAACAGCAGGCCCCCUUUCAGCAGCAGCAGCAAGGAGGCAGCAACAGCGCCAACACAUCAAUCAUCACCCAGUUGAACUUGUCAGAUGAAGAAGAUGAACAGUGA